GAGAGUGACCUAUAUUCCGGUUCCUCCUCCCUGUGUUCUUGGCUGGGGUGUGGAGGGUGGAGCCCUCGUUUUCCCUCUGCCAAAGUCUGUGGUGCCUCUGUUGACAGGGUUCGCCAUGGCGCGAGAAGACUCCCUGUCACUGCCCACCCUGAAGCUGCUGUUGGUCGGAGACAGUGCGGUGGGGAAAUCCAGCCUCUUGCUGAGAUUCACAGAAGACCACUUUGAACCCUAUCUCAACCCAACCAUUGGUGUUGAUUUUAAAGUGAAGAAGAUGGUUGUCGGGGAUCUUCCCCUGCAGUUGGCAAUAUGGGACACAGCAGGGCAAGAGCGGUUUCGAACGUUGACUCCUAGUUAUUACCGUGGCGCUCAAGGUGUAAUUUUAGUUUACGAUGUCACCAGAAGGGAGACUUUUGUGGGGCUGGAGAGCUGGCUACGGGAGCUGGAGAUGUAUACCACAAAGAAAAAUGUUGUGAAGAUGCUGGUGGGCAACAAAAUCGAUAAGGCUGACCGUGAGGUAGACCGAAAGGAAGGCUUGCAGUUUGCUCGAACUCACUCCAUGCUUUUCAUAGCCAGUGCCAAAAGGAAGGAGGGCGUGCAGAGUGCCUUUGAGGAGGCCGUUGUGAGGAUCCUGCAGACUCCGGAACUUUGGGAUGUGAGACGGGAAGGAGUCAAAAUGAUGGAGGACAGCGUGCUUCAAGAAGUACCCGGCUGUGGUUCAUAUUGUCCUCUGGCUUAACCUCCACCAUCUUCAAGCCAAGUAGCUCAGGUCUGGCAUACCUCAUAGACAGCCUCGUCUGUGUUCUGUUUCAGUGCCCUACCAAGAUAAUGCCCACAUGGCUGUACUGUGUCUCAGGUGUACAUCUUGAGGGCAUACAAACUGAAUACAUGGAUAACCAGUUGGCUGAAUGUUCACAGUGGAGCCAACAUGGUCUAGUGGUUUAAAGUGCUGAACUAGGGAGAUCCCAGUUCAAUUCCCAAUGGUGCCAUGGAAGCUUGCCGGGUGACCUUGGGCCAGUGACACGCUCUCAGCCUGACCCACCUCACAGGGUUGUUGUGAGAAUAAAAAGGAGAGGAGAAUGAUGUAAGAUGCAUUGGGUCCCUUGUGGGGGAGGUGAGGCAGGAUAUAAGUAAAGUAAAUAAAAGUAAAUAAGAUCCUAA